AUGAGUACUCCAUAUGAGGAUGGUCAAUUAUACUUGGCUCUUUUGUUUCUUCUUUCAAAUGCUGUGUUGGUUGUUUAUCUUGGAUCGAAGCGACUAUUACAGCAAACUAUUAAAAUGAAGAAUUCAGGUACCAGACCUGAUGAUGUGAUGAGUACUUCAGAUGCGAUGGCUCUUCCUCUAAUGGGAUCAAUGGUUCUCUUUACUCUUUAUGUAAUUUUAAAAUUUAUUCCAUUAGAAUACUUUAAUGCAAUUAUAAGCUUGUAUUUGAGCUUAGUCGGUAUAUUUUCCAUGGGCUCAUUUAUUAAAGGAUUCAUGCGUCCAAAUAUUUUAACUGGUAUUGCUUGUUGUAUAGUAGGUGGAUACUACUAUUGGACAAAUAACUGGGUGGCAAACAAUAUACUGGCGAUUUCAAUCGGUGUUUUAAGCAUCGAAAUGGUUCAGAUUGGAUCAUUUUCAACUUCUUUUGUAAUGCUUCUAGGUCUGUUUUUCUACGAUAUAUUCUGGGUGUUCGGAUCUGAUGUGAUGAUCACGGUUGCAAGUGGUAUCAACGGCCCAAUCAAACUUGUUUUCCCUCGUACAGUGUUUGAAAAUCAAGAAGCGAAAAGUCUUUUGGGACUGGGUGAUUUAAUAAUCCCAGGUUUCUUUAUUGCCCAAGUGCUUGUCUUCUCUACUGAAUAUGUAAAAAAGGGGAAUUUUUACUUCUACGUCUCUCUUAUUGCUUACACGUUGAGUCUGGUAAAUACUAUGGCUGUCAUGAUUAUAUUCGAACAUGGACAACCUGCAUUACUUUUUAUUGUUCCUUGGUUACUCGUUACCUUUGUGCUGGCAACGAUAAUAAAAGGCGAUUUCAACGCUGCAAUGAAGUACACUUCCUCGGAAGUCAUUCAAUCUUCUUCUAAAUCAACGGAGAAAAAGAAAGAUGAUAAUAAAUCUUUGCAUGAGUCUCUUGAAGAGCUUUCAUUAACAACUCUCCUAUGGAGUGCCAUACAGGUUUUAUUUGGUUUAAAACAUGAAGAAGAGAAAGAAAAAGAAAAAGAAUCUCAGGAAAACACAGAGGAAAAAAAGAAUAAUUAG